AUGAAUACGGGGAACCCGGAUACCCGUCGUAACAAUCAGGUACCCAUGGGGGUUGUCAAUCUACUAUCCCGAUCAUCAUUUCCAUCUGUCGACUCAUAUCUGGCAUUGUCAGUUCUUGUUGCAAUUGUUGCUUCUGUCACUGUAUUUACAACAUUUCGCUCACAACCCGAGCUACAGAAGCUUAUCGAAGAAGAACUUCGGAAUAAUACACGACUGUCAUCAGCAUAUGGUUUGAAUAUUGAAGCAUUGUCCGGGCACACAUUCUUUCAAAUUGCUCAUUACAUUUUAUCUGAUACAACGCUAAUCUGGGUUGCUAUAAACUCGUAUUUUGCCAUACUAGCAGUUUGUACGAGACUAAUAAUCAAAUUAACAUUCAAAGAGCUCGCCCGACAGGAGGAAAAUGUGGCCCGUCAAGCUUUCUUCUGUUAUGUCCUGUUAACAAUCGUCUACUUAUCAGUUGUGAUCGGACCGCAAAAGGGGCAUCGUGUAAUGCCAUGGAUGAUCUGGGGUGGUAUUUGUGCUUUCUUAUCCCAUUUGCAGUUUAUCACAUGUCAGAGGCUCAAGCAUAUCUCUCCAUCCUGUGAUCGUGGAAGUCAGAAGAUUUCAUUCCUCUCGUUGUUCCUCUUCUUCGUUUCGAUUGCCAUGACGUUCUUGAUUUCUCGAUUCCAACAUCACUUAACAUGGCAACCUGCUGUACUUUUAUAUUUUGAUUGCCUUCUCGCAGUAUUCCGUUCCACUUACAUUCUGUUCCGAUGCAUUUCUUCAUCUCGUGUAUUCUCCUUCAAUCCUGACUCUGUUCGUCAUUUCAACUAUUGGCUCGAGCUUAUCACCAACUUUGUCUGCGAACUCAUUCAAAUGCUCAGUUUUGCUCAACUUUUGGCAUUCUCACCUGGACUUAAUCUCACAAGCAUCUUCUUCUUGUAUCACAUGAAGCUUACCUACAACUGCAUGACUGAACAAUUAAGUCGUCAUCGUAAUCAUAAGAAGAUCUUCGAACACAUUGAGAGAUCAUAUCCAAGUGUUAAAUGUGCUAAUGGUGAUGAUCGUUGCGUUGUUUGCUGGGAAUUGCUCGGAACAUCUCGAAGACUUCCAUGCUCUCAUCAAUUCCAUGAUUGGUGUCUCAUGUGGUGGCUUGCUCAGGAUUCUUCAUGUCCAACGUGUCGUUGUACUAUUCCAUCUCCACAAGAUCAAAUCAGACAACCACCAGAGGUUGGAAAUAGUACAAGAUUACGUUUCAAUGGUGGAUCAUUUGGAUUCGUUCAUUUCCCAGCAUUCACUCUUGAAGUAGCUGCUAACUUCGGGCCUUUCUUUGGUCGAGCAGCCGAACCAACAGAAGAGCAAUUGCAAACAAUGCUCGAGCAAGUCAGGGAGAUGUUCCCGCAGAUGUCUGUUGAUAUAAUAAUGACGGAUCUACGACAAUCGGGAUCCGCUCAGUCUACAAUCGAAAAUAUUCUAGAAGGAAGGAUAGGAAUGAAUGCAUCAUUUAUGCCCGGUGGGGUUUUGGAUGAUGAACUCUCAGAUGAGAGUGAAAACGAAAUAGAAUAUGAAGAGCCCGCCGAAAUAGUCCAAGAACCAGAUAAUGGCCGUCAAAGAACGUGGACAAAAUUGAGUUCUUCAUCAGGAGAUGAAGAUCUAUCAUACUAUGAAAUCCAGCGAGCCAAAAUGAUCGAAACUUACCGACGGAAAUAUCUGGAGUCUGAUAAAGCUGCCGAUCUACGAGCAAUGGGAAUCACCGAAUAAUUCAUACUCAUUUCUCUCCUCUUUUCUGUUUACUUAGGAUGUUCUUGUCAUUUCAAAGCUACCUGGUAGCGUACUCUCAUUAUUUCUAAAUUCAUGCCUGUAUGAGUAUAGUUUUUUGUUGUAUAUUUUGUAUCCAUUUGAUGAGAUUCUCUGAGAUUCCCAUCUUUCAUCAUAUUUAGCAUAGUUCCACCCUCUUUUUCCUUUCCUUUCAUGACCCUCUUUUCAUGUAUGGGUAUGAUCAUCAUCCACACCAACUAUCAAUUUUCUCUCUGUAUCCUCUAUCGAGAUUCUGAAUCUCGUUCUCUUGUUCCUUUUUUCCGUGUUUCCUCUGAAAUCUCGACUAUCAUUCUAAUCCUUUACAAUUCUCAUCCCGGUACCUUGUGAGUGUGAACCUGUACAUUUUUUCUCCGAUCCCCAUUUUUCACCAAAGUAAAUACUUUGAGUUUUC